AUGACGUCAGAUGGACCCUGUCUCAGCGACUCACGAGGAACGCUCUUCCCCCAGAAGACCUAUCUACCUCUGCCAGAACCAUCCAGAGCGCCACCAUGUCGGCACCGCCGCCUCGUCGCAGAGAACGAGGCCAAGCCAUGCCACAAGAAUUCUACGACCCUCAAGACCACGCUGCCGAUCCGCGUCAGCAGUACGACCCGUACUCCCCUCCCCCGCGCAACCGACACGCAGAGGAUCGUCCGCCGCGUCGACACAAGUCGGAGCGUCGACGACCGCCCAGCCCUGAUGCCGAUCCAUAUGAAAAGCCGUCCCGGCGACGACAACCGAGUCCUGGCUAUCCUGAAUACGACCCACGCCAGAGGCCCUCUCGUCGACGGCAGCCAAGCCCUGGCUACCCAGAAUUUGAUGCGCAUCAAAAACCCUCGCGUCGGCGUCAACCAAGCCCCGAUUACCCCGCGCAAGAUCCAUACGACAAACCUCGCCGCAGAGGAGAGCCUCCUCGCCCGGAGAGAGGACACAAGGAGAGAGACCAAGAGCGGCACAGACGCGCUGACAGGCACUCGAUGCCUCCCCCGCGCAGAGGAGACGAUGGAUACGGUAAUCCGUACGGUGCGCCCGGCGCGCCAAUGGACGGACGAAAAGGGGGUGGUCGGCCACCACGAGACCACCGCGACGACGACCCGUACGAGCGUCCUCGUCGCCGCCCACGAUCCCCUCCACCCCCUGGGCCGCGGGAUCGAGACCCCUACGAACCACGGGCGCGAGAUCGAGGCCAUCGCCCUUCUCGCUACGAUGACGGCUAUGGGACUGCCCUACCACACCGACCUCGCUCACAAGGGCGAGCUCCACAUGGAUCCCCUCCACCUCGAGAGAGGCCCCCACCGGUAA